CUCCAUUUCCCAGAAUGCACCAGGAGGAGGAGGUUCAGAGGAGAUAAACAGAGUUUAUCAUGGCGGCGGACAGUGAUCCUGAGUCGGAGGUGUUUGAGAUCACCGAUUUCACCACAGCGUCCGAGUGGGAGAGGUUUGUGUCCCGAGUUGAGGAAGUGCUGAACGACUGGAAACUGAUUGGUGGUAACAUUGGCAAGCCUCCUGAAAAGGGAGAAUACACCACAGGAACAUGGGAGGAGAAGUCACGCGAGAUCAAUUUUGCCGAUUUCAAGUUUUCCAUCACGCAUCAUUACCUGAAACAGGACUGCGUGGAAAACGAAGGGAAGGAGGACAGCGAGGAAGAUGCUUUUCCUUUGGCCAUGCAGGACCUGCUGUGCAUGAAUAAUGACUUUCCUCCGAGGGCGCACUGCCUGGUCAGAUGGUAUGGAGUGCGGGAAUUUGUGGUCAUCUCUCCUGGAGCAAACUGCGAAGCAAUCGUCAGCGAGUCCAAGUGCAACCUGCUGCUCAGUUCGGUCUCCAUCGCUUUGGGAAACACCGGCUGCCAGGUGCCGCUGUUCGUGCAGAUCCAGCAGAAGUGGAGGAAGAUGUACGCGGGCGAGUGCCAGGGCCCCGGGGUUCGCACCGACUUCGAGAUGGUGCAUCUGCGCAAAGUUCCCAGCCAAUACAACCACCUCUCCGGCCUGCUGGAUAUCUUCAAAGCCAAAAUAGGAUGCCCGCUGACACCGCUGCCCCCCACCAACAUCGCCAUCCGCUUCACCUACAUCCUCCAAGACUGGCAGCAGUACUCCUGGCCCCAGCAGCCGCCCGAUUUCGACGCCCUGCUCGCCGGAGAAGUCGGAGGCGUGGAGUUCGGAAAACUUCCGUUCGGAGCUUGCGAGGAUCCGAUAAGUGAGCUUCACCUCGCCACCACCUGGCCCCACCUGACCGAAGGCAUAGUCGUGGACAACGACGUCUACUCUGAUUUGGACCCCCUCCAGGCUCCCCACUGGUCCGUUCGGGUGCGAAAAGCGGACAAUCCCCAGUGUUUGCUCGGCGACUUUCUUAUGGAGUUCCUCAAGCUGGGCAGCCGGAAGGAGUCCACAGAGGAGAUCCUGGGUAGGAGUUCAGCCGAGGAAGAGGGCAAAGACAACAGUGACAUCACGCAAGCGCUGUCCAAGCUGACGGAGCCCACGGCCGUGCCGAUCCCCAAGCUGUCGGUCUCCAACAUGGUGCACAGCGCUCGCAAACGCAUCAGCCGCCACCGCCGUAACGACCAAUCACCGCUCAGUAACGAUGUCCUCAACUCCAUCUUACUGUAUCUCUUCCCAGAUGCAGCGCUGGACAAAUCGGACUCGAGCGAAGCGAAAGCGCCGCACUCGAACCCUGGAGUAAAGACCGACCAGGACAAAGACACGGAGGACCACAACCUGUUCAGCGUGCUGAAGUCGGCUCCGUGGGACUGCCUGACCUACAGACUGGCGUUGUGCGUGUGUUUGGUGAACUUCUACCACGGCGGUGUGAGAGCCGUGGCCCACCUCUGGCAGGAGUUUGUUCUGGAGAUGCGCUAUCGCUGGGAGAACAAUCAUCUCAUCUACGGGUUGCCUGCUGGGCCUCCGGAUCUUCGAUGCUGCCUUCUACACCAAAAACUCCAGAUGCUCAACUGCUGCAUCGAGCACAAGAAAGUGAGGGACGAGCUCCGGAAAGACGUGUCCAGCGAUAACGGCCUCCCGGUGCCUCAGGUGUCCCCGGGGAAGUCCUGCGAUUCGUGGAGCGACAGCGAGGACGAGUUCUUCGAGUGCCUGAGCGACGCCGAGGACAUGAAGGAUGCAGCUUCGGACGGGGUUAAAGCAGCAGUAGUUAAAAUGAAGCCUGAGGGUCGACUGCAGCCUCAUGGCAAGCUGACUCUGCUCAACUCGAACGAGCCGCUCUACAUUCCCAUCACGCAGGAGCCGGCGCCGAUGACCGAAGACGUCCUGGAGGAGCAGUCGGAGGUGCUGGCCAAGCUGGGCACGUCGGCCGAGGGAGCCCAUCUCCGUGCCCGCAUGCAGAGCGCCUGCCUGCUCUCGGACAUGGAGUCCUUCAAGGGGGCCAAUCCCGGCUGUUCCCUGGAGGAUUUUGUGCGCUGGUACUCGCCAAGAGACUACGUGGAGGAGGAAGUGAGCGAUGAAGCGGGCAGGACGCUGGUUCAGGGAUCGCUGAGUGCCAGGAUGAAGAUCCCGGGCAACAUGUGGGUGGAAGCAUGGGAGAGCGCCAAGGCCACGCCAGCACGCAGGCAGAGGCGGCUGUUCGACGAAACUAAAGAGGCCGAGAGGGUGCUGCAGUAUCUGGCAGUACAGAAACCCUCUGACCUCACGCGACACCUGCUGCCCUGCAUCGUCCAUGCAGCUCUCCUCAAAGUGAAGGAGGAAGAGGCGGUCGAGGACGUCGGCACGGUGCGUAAAAUCAUCCCGCAGGUCAGCUCUCACGCCAGCAAGCUGCUCCGUCAUCCCAAUCCCGAUCUGAAGAAACUGGAGGAUGUUAUUAACCAGAUCACAAUGCUGGAGGCCACGGUCGCCCGGGCGCGCUCUCUCAGAGCCAAGUUCAGCCUCGGGAAAGCAGAGCGAGGAGAGGACACCGAGGAACUCGAGCUGUUCGUGAGCUCUCUGUUAGAGGAGCCGGAGGUGGGCGUGACCGGAGCGGGGCGGGGCCCGGCAGGCACUAUCAUCCAUAAACUGUUCGUCAACGCACAGCGGCUGGCUGAUUCCAGUGAUGAGGCGGCUCUGCUGACGCCGUUAGACGAAGACGCCGGCCGAGGAGCAGGUGGACCAGACGCUCGCAAGCCGACAGGAGGCGGAGUUCCGGAUUUCCCGCCCCCGGCUGGUCGGGAGAUCCUGCUCCGUACGUGCGUCCCGCGCCCGGCGCCGUACUCCAAAGCCCUGCCGCAGCGUCUCUUCUGCGUCCUCAUGAGGGAAGAAUACCGGCUCGCCGGAGCGUUCUCGUCCGACACGUCGUUCUUCUGAGGAGAACCGCCCGAGGAACCCGAAGGUGAACACGAAAGUGACCCGGUGGAGAUCUUUACCGCACGCAUGAACGCAGGUGGGGGGUGGUGGGGGUGGCAGAGGGGUCUGAGGAUGCAUCAGUACUCUAAUUGUUUUUUUUUCUAUAUAAAGAUCUAAUGAGGAAGAGUUAGUGCCAAUUCAAUUAGAGGAGCGCGAUUGGUUCCUGUCAGCCCCGUUUCUUUCUCCAUUGGAAUACCAUUAUUACCUCUGAUGGAUCUUCAAACUCGUUCACUUCUCACUAAUAUCAGCCUGUCAGCUUUCCUCCAUAUUUUUCUUCCAUAUAUCUUCUCCUGAAAAAGCUUUCUAGACGCUGUGUUGAUGUGUGUAGGAGGUUCUUAUCAAAUUUGUGGAUAUGAAUAUAAAAAUAUAUAUAAAUGUAUAUAUGUCUACCUCUAUAUGCACUAUAUGGACAAAAGUUUGUGGACACCUCACCGAUAAAUUGGCAUGUGCUUCUUUAUGAGCAUCCCAUUUGCUCUUAUUAUAACCUCCACUCUUUCUGAAGAGAUGUUCCUCUAUUUCAUGGAGAUUUCUGGAGACUCAACCAAAAGGUGUUCGAUAGGGGCAGAGCUCUGUAGCAGGAGAUCUUCCACAUUUUCCAUACAUAUAAAGCAGAUCUUCAUGGCGCUCUCUUGGUGCAUCCGUCAUGCAGGAACAGGUUCGGAGUCUGGCAGUUCGAGUGAGGGGGAAGAACCUCAUACGGGUGGGGAAAAGUCGGGUGUCCCAAUACUUUUGGCCAGAUAGUGUAUAUUAGGGUUGACUGAAACGAGAAAAAGGUCAUGGAGUAACUAAUAACCAAUGUUUCUUGUGAAAAGAAAACCAGGAGGACUUUUUUUUUCUUUCUUCAGAAUGGUUGUGCGUGUUCAUCGUUUCUCUGUACGUGUCGCUCGUAUUGGACCAAUCACACGCUCCGGUUUACGUUAGGACACAAAAUAUAAAAAAAAAUAAACAAAUGUAACGCUAAUAAACAUCACGCAGAUAUAGAUUAGGUCCACAUUUCAUUAAAGUGCACAUCUCCGUGUUCUGUUCUGUCGCUCGAUCGGUUGUAUGAAUUUAAUAAACGUUUAGAAAACGUGUAAACGGAUAUGAACGUGACGUCAGAGUUAAACCUGUUCUACACAAUCAAAUAAAAUAUUUUAUUGUCCCGAA